AGGUAGCUCCUGAACCAUUCCAUCCGCAUUAUUCACAAAAAGAACGUGGGAAAUUCACGAGAGAGCCCGUUUGCGACCUUGCACAAAACCUGCCAUUAUCGUUAUAUAUAGUUCUGUGGUGACUGGCCGUGCGGAAACAGAGAGGGUUGGAACAUAUAUCUUACUAUUACUCCCUAUACAUUGACCGAACCGACCGUAUCAGUUCUCCUGAUCUGACAGACAUUCUCUGUCUUUUGAAUAUACUCUGCAACAUCCCCCAAGGUUGAUCGGGGUCUGCUUCAUGGACAAUUGUGGGACGCCGAACGGUCUGCUCGCACGUUGAGAGACCGCUUUGCGUUCCAUAGGGUUCCCCAGCCUGCCACCUGACGAUCACGACGUUAGUGCACCUAGCGACUAAGCAACGACUCAGCGAGAUUCCUCUACUUCUGCCCCCGAUGGGAUACCUCCAGGGAUGACUCUUGACAAACACUCUGAACAUGCACCCUACUCUCCCUCUCACUCUCAACCCGCUCCUGUCAUAAUGCCGACUGGUAAAACUUGGAUGGGCCACAACGAAGCUGCCUAUAACAGGUUUUUGAAAGAUUACAAGACUCAAGUCGCCUCGGCCACCUCCACCGUCUGCGCGACUCUGGCUGUGGUAAGUGUUGUCGAUCCGAUGUCGCCGGAGAGAAGAACCCAGGGCUGAUCCCCGCGCUUCCAGACUCCACUGGAGAACGUCAAAACUCGUAUGCAGACUCACAACUUUCGCAAUGUCUUCGUUUGUGCGCGCUACCUCUGGCGUACCGAAGGCCCUCGUGGUUAUGUAGCUGGAGCUUUGCCACCUCUCGCCAGCGUUACUGCGGUGCGCGUUUUGAACUUCUCUACAUACAAUGCCGCCAAGCACCGCAUUUCUAGAUUUAUUGAGAGCACCACCGGUCAGUCUCCUCUGGAGCAGUACAAUCAGCCCGGCAGUUCUCCCACUCUGAUGACCCUUGGUACCUUUUUCUCCGCCGGUCUGAUUGCCGGUUUGAUCACCGCACCCUUGGCCUGCCCUUUUGAACUGGCAAAGAAUGUUGUCCAGACCUCGGUCCUGGUGUCUAACCGUGCCCAGGCGUCUCCCAACGCCGUGGGGGAUCCUUCUCUGCGCAACAAGCCUCGUCUCGGCACCAUCGAAGCGAUCCGUCAGAUCGUACAGCGCUAUGGAUUCCGUGGUUUGUAUACCGGUUUCAAACUUCACACUAUGCGCGAUACUCUUGGAUCCGGCCUGUAUUUCAGCGUUUACGAGACCGUCAAGCAGCUUGCAGCCAAGGAGCUUGGCCCUGACAAGUCCCCAUUCGGCGCUCCUAUGAUUGCCGGCGCCAUCUGUAGCACUGUGCCUUGGUUCUGCACCUAUCCGCUUGAUACUAGAAAGACUCGCGCGCAGAGCGUGCUGCUGGGAAAGACCUCGGAGGUGGGCGAAGCAUCUGCCGCGGUUGCCAAGUCGAGCAUGUACAAAGGUCUUUCAAUUAUCCUGAUCCGUACCGGUGUCAACAACAUGAUCCUGCUCAGUAUUUUUGAGUACAUCAAGAUGAGAAUCAACCAGCUUGAUUGA